CCCAACAUUAAUACUGUGUUUGUGCAGGUGUGUACAAAACUUGUAAAAUGGACUUUUCUAGACGAGUGUAGCUAACAUUUAACUAGACACUAACACGAGUAUUUUAGUUUAUCUCAUCGUGCAACUUUACUAAACACGGAAUGUUAGAUGAACAACUUGGAUAACCACGGCCUCAAGUUGCCUAUACCGGAGGUGAUUUCAUGUGAACUUGGGAGUGCUGUUCUUGCCCUCUCACUUGUGUUCAGCUCCCCUCCCUCCUCCUCCUCCCUCCUCCUCCCUCCUGCUCCUGCUGCCCAUAGAAACUCCUCGGUGCAGUCAGCAGCGUCAGACGCGCUCACUGCCGCGUUUCCAGUCGAUCACAAACUUCACAGUUUGUUUCACUACAGCGCAGGUACAAUGACCGCACUCUGCAGCAGAUCGACUGAUUAGAGGGGUGAGAUCAGUUUUCUACAGGGCUGAAGUGUGUGCACUGUGACCUGUAAGUUUGGGCACAUAUAUAGUGAAGAGGACACAGACACUUUAGGAUCAUGGAUAUAGGCAAUGAUGUGGAUCUGUCCAAUAAAAACAUCACUCCAUUGUGGAAACGCUGCACAGACAAUUCUAAAAAAUCCCAGGACUCAAGCAAACCCAAACCGCGACCCAUCAGUUACCACAUAAAUGGGGUCACGUCGAAGGAUCUCCCUGUGGAGGGCAACAAGUCAUCCUUCACCUUGAGCCAACCUGCUGAGAGACUGGUGGUCACACCCCCGUGUUGGGGCAACAACACUGUGGUGUUGAAGCACAUUCUGCACAAACCCUCCAAGAAAUCCCGAGUUGUUCGAAGCAUCAGCAUCGGGCACUUCUCCAACGGACUCUUGUCACUAUCCAAAUUUAGGUCUCAGGAUAGAAGAUCUGCUUCACUGGACAAUAGAGUGCGUAAUGAAGACUGUGACAGGGGGAAAGCCAGUAAUGGAGUGACAGUAUGGCCUGAAAAGCAUCUGCAGGACCCCCAGAAAUGCAUGUCCAGUUCAUUCAGUCUGAGCUCACAGAAAGACCAGAUAGCAUUUGGGAUGAGUUCACCCGAAGCUGUUCCUCUUAACCAUUCCUCUCCUGUCCUGUCACCACGUACUCCUAACAACAACAACAACAACUACAACUACCAUGAACUGUCCUCCCUUUCAUCUGCAUCCAGCCCCUCUCCUCCAGCCCGACGUACCCCCACCCCCUCCUACAGCUCCACCUCCAGCAUCCCCUCCCUCUCUUCCCUUACCUCUUCAGACCCCCCGACCCCACGCUCCCCGUCGCCGGCAGACAGAGGGCAGGCACUCCUUAGACAGUCCUCAUCCUCGCCUGCCUCCUCACAGGACACCAGGCAUGCCUCUUCCUCAUCUUCCAUCUCCUUCGCUUCACUCUCUCCUUCACUUUCACCAUCCAUCUCUCCCUCUCCCUCCAUCGUCCUCAGCACCCACAGCCCUGCUGCCCUGAAGAUGGGCACCCAGCAGCUCAUUCCCAAGGGUUUAGCAUCUGAUAUUCGGCAGAACAAGGUGCCUCUAUCUGGGCAGCAAGGCCAAGGUUUGGCAGGGCUGCUGGGGUUGGAUCAUUCCAAGCGAGCGUUGAAAGCCCUCAGCAUGGUGGAAACAGGAACCUACUUUUCUACAGGAGGGGGCCACAGUGAGGGGAUGGAUGGGGAAAGUGAGAGCCCAGGGACACUAAGAAGAGGCCUGAGGAGUACGUCCUAUAGGAGGGCCGUUGUGAGUGGAGUAGACAUAGAGGUCCCGUCGGAAGAUCUAAAGGCCCAUCCGCUGUCCCAGCCUGUCGUCAAAGGGCUAGAUGGGGAUAAACCAGCUUCACCAGUCAGCCCAGCAAGUCCUGGCACUGUAAGCCUUACUAUCCGUGGAACAGCCAAGCCUGCGAGCCCUGUGACACCCACACUUGCCAGUCCUGGGACACUCAAACCUGUCAGCCCCAGGAUGUCAAAGCCUACCAGCACUGGGAAAAACAAGAGUCCAGAUAAGAAGAAAGUUUUGACCAUUCAGCGGACGUUUGACAGUGAGGAAGAGGAGUUGUACCAGAACUACCAGGAGAAGGCCUUACAUAAUGACUCAGAUGAGGAUGCCGAUUCGAGAGAACCCAAACCUGAUAACAGCAUCAUGGUGCAGUACAGACCUAUACGCACCUCCUGGAGCCAGCUGAGUUUGGUAAAGAAAAGUGGUCUUUCUGACCUAAUGACUCAGGAGGAACGCAAAAGACAAGAGGCCAUUUUUGAGGUGAUCUCAUCGGAGCACUCUUAUCUGCAUAGUCUGGAGAUCCUGAUCCGCAUGUUCAAGAACUCUGCAGAGCUCAGCGAGGCCAUGACCAAGACUGAACACCACCACCUCUUCUCCAACAUCACAGACGUCUGUGAGGCUAGCAAAAAGUUCUUUAAGGAAUUGGAGGAAAGACACCAACAGCAUAUAGUGAUCGAUGAGAUCAGCGACAUCGUUUGCAAGCAUGCCCAGUCCAACUUUGAUCCCUUCAUCACAUACUGCUCGAAUGAGGUCUACCAGCAGAGAACCCUGCAGAGGCUGGUGUCCAAGAAUCCAGUUUUUAAGGAGGUGCUGACCAGGAUAGAGGGCCACCCAGACUGCAGGAAUCUCCCCAUGAUCUCCUUCCUCAUCCUGCCCAUGCAGAGGAUCACUCGCCUGCCUCUGCUCAUGGAUACAAUUUGUCAGAAGACACCUAAAGACUCGUACCAAUAUGAAGCGUGUAAGAGGGCUUUACAAGCAGUCAGCAAGGUGGUAAGAAAGUGUAAUGAAGGAGCUCGCACAAUGGAGAGAACAGAGAUGAUGUAUACCAUCAACUCUCAGCUGGAGUUCAAGAUCAAGCCUUUCCCCCUGGUCUCAUCCUCCAGGUGGAUGGUAAAGAGAGGAGAAGUGACUGCGUUUGUGGAGGACAAUGGCAUCUUUCUCAAGCGGAUGUCACGGCAACAAGUCUAUUUCUUCCUCUUCAAUGACGUCCUCAUUGUCACCAGGAAGAAGAGCGAGGAGAGUUACACUGUGAUAGACUACGCUCUGAGGGAUCAGAUCUGGGUGGGUUCCUGCCAGCCCGAGGAUCUCAACUUAUCACCGCUCAGAAGCACCACCAGCAUGUUGAGCUCACGGCAAGCCGGCGCCAACCAUCUUUUCCGCCUGUGUUUCUGUAGCAACCACUCCGGUGAAAAGGUGCCCAUGAUCCUGGGGACGGAGUUGCUGAAUGAGCGUGCUCGAUGGAUCAGUGCUCUGGGUCAGAAUGUCAACAACAAGAGGAGUCAGGACAGAACCAAUGUCAUGCAGGUGGAGGUGAUAAGAACUUACACAGCCAAGCAGCCAGAUGAAUUGUCCCUGCAGGUGGCUGAUGUGGUGCUGGUCUCGCAGACUGUAGAUGACGGCUGGUAUGAAGGUGAGCGACUGCGCGAUGGAGAAAGGGGGUGGUUCCUCGCCGAGUGUGCCGAACCAAUCACGUGCCAGGCCACAAUCAAGCGCAACAUGCAGAGAAUGGACCGCCUGCAGGGGUUGGAGACUAAUGUGUGAGCAGGACGAGCCGGCUGCUUAAACCACAGAGGGCUUUUCUCAGCUGUUAGAGACCCUUUGACACCUCAGUGACCUGCCUUUUUAAGCAGUGAACCCAGACAAAUGAGUUCAGUAACAUCAUCAGUGACCAAGUGGACCAGUAUGGGAGCUGUGUGGCGGCUGGACUCUUUACACUGGGAUAAAGUUAAAACCAUAAUUCGGACUUCUGCUCAGCGUCCACUACAUAUCAGGCAUACCGUCUGAGUUUCAAAGCAAAGAACAAACACAGUGGAAGAACAGAGAUUUCCUUAAUUACUGAUCGGUCCCUGUGUGCGUGGGAUGGCUCUGUCACAUUCAUUAAUUCCCUGGUUGGUUAGAAAACUUCACACCCACUGCUAGAGUCACUGCUUUCAACACCCUGCUACAUAACUGUUGGUGUGAAAUUUGUAAAUUUUGUAGGAGGGGUCAGACACAUUUUAUUGGUAUAAAUAAUGAGCAGUGUAAUAACUGAGACUACAGUACCGCUAUAGGAGGUAAAGUGACAGCAGCCUGAUGUGUGCUCUGUUAAUGAGGCUCAGGCCAUGUGAUUAGGAGCUUUGCCAGUAACAAUGUAACUAUGAAUAUGCUGAUUGUUAAAGUGAUAAUAAGGAAAGAGGGUGGGACUGGCAGCUUCUUUAGUGUGUGGGUUAGUGUAGAAACUCUUGAGUGUUUUAGUAGCAUCUGUAUGUUGAGCUGCAAAGGAAAAAAAAUGAACUUGUCUGAAGCCCAUUGCACUUUGUCUAAAUAGAAUAAGUCAUAAUUGAUUGGAUAAUACUAAGAAUUACAGUCAUCUGUGAGGUAGAAACGUAUGUCAUACAUAGGCUAAGCAGAAGGGCCAAGUGUCUGUUCUCUACCUUGCUGUUUGUCACCAGUUAAUGUCAACACCAUGAAUCAGACUCUACGUUUGUGUCACAAAUGCCAUUAGUCUCUAGAUCCACUCAAUGAUUUGGACAGCCUGAAAUAUCACACACACUUGAUGCCAGUCAGAGGUGGAUAUAUAAAUAUCCCCUUUAGGAUUUAUACCUGUGAUGUUACAGAGGCAAGCUGAAAUUAAUUUGUGUGUGCUGAUGGUGAGACUGGAAGAGUGGCCCUGCUUUUAAUGUGAUUGUCCACUGUGAGUCAUCUUUUUAGUGUUGCCAUGCCCAGCCAAAGGAAAUUAAUGGCUUGGUCAGAGUGUGGUGAUAACAGCAUCUAUCAAGCCCACUGCUCUGGCCCCAGUCCAAAUGACAACCACAACUGUUGACCUACACAAAGCGAGGUAUGACAGUAGCGGGCAUAGCACCCAGCAGGAGGGACACGACUAUCAAGAGAGCAGACGAAGCAUUGCAUUUGCACUCAGGGAAAAUUAGCUAUGUGAUACCAUAGAUCUAAGCAUGAACUGAUCUUUAUUUCAAUCACUUCCUGUACUUGUAACUAUUGUAAAUCAUCUGUGUACAUGUAAAUAUGUAAAACAGCCUGAAUUGUAACAUGUAUGUUUUCCAAAAUACAGAUUUAUAUUGCAGAAACUUGCUUAGUCAACCUUAUAUAUUUUAAUCAGCCACUAUAAAUAAAAGCUUAAUUGCU